UUAUUUUCGAUUGCAGCGCCAUACCUAGACAAAUUUCAUCGAAUUCUCAUAAGAUAAAACCAGCUUAUUGACAUAAUUUUAUCCGUAAAUAUGUAAUAAACAUUAAAUAUGAAUAACUAAAAUUGAAUCAAUUAUCAAUCAUACUUUAACGUCAAAGAAUAUUUUUAUAGGAAAUAAUUUCCAUAUCAUCUCAUAUAACAGUAUUGCCACCCUACCGUCAGUGGUUCAAAAUCAAAGGUCCCUAGGCACUUUAAAUGAUAUUGACAUUUAUGGUAUUUACGUAUUUAUUUACCUAUCAUGUUCAUCAUUCCAGCGUAAAAAAUUGCCUAAAACCAUUCAAUAUCGUCAUAUAAAGGAACCAUUCGCUCAAUUUGACAAAUUCCUUUAAAUAUGACACAGAAUAGGAAGCGCGGACGCAGCCUUUUGGAAGACGAAGUGGAAUUCAUGCCUCUAUCAAAAAGAAUCAACAACCUCCACAUCAACAAUCCUAUGAUGACAAACCAACAUACUUCGGUAGAAUGGGGACCUGGGCCUCCAAUAAACACCAUGAACAUUUUGCCUGAUUCCCCACCAAGCUCAGAGCGGAGUUUGGACUGGAAAACUCCCACUCCCUACUCCACAGAGUAUUCCCCUGACCUGAGUGAAAACCAAAAUCCACAUUAUUUUAACCUAGUAUGUACUGAAGUUGCUUCCCAAGCAGGUCCUCAAAGUUAUACCCAGACUACAGAGCAAAUUAACAUAUUUAAGUCUGCUCAUCACCUUUUCGAUCUAAAUUCAUGA